UUCUUGGCGUAGGGAAAGAGAAGCAGACCUCUAAUGUAAAGACUUCAUUGUAUGAGAGGAACCUGGGAACAAGACAUUUAAGAAGCGAAAGUUUUGAUAAUUUUGGGCCUUGAUGUUUGUACUAAACACAGGCUGUUAGUGAUAGCAUAAACAGAGCUCAAUCCUACUGAGAAUGUUGCCAAACCUUAAGCACAAGAAACUCAUCGGAAGCGGGAGUUUCGGGAACGUUUACAGAGCCAAAUUGGAUGGCAAACCAGUUGCAGUGAAAAUCCUUCAUGAACGCUUCUUCAGAGAACCUCACAGCCACAACAAAUAUUUCUCUCAGUUUGAAGCGGAAUGCAAAAUUCUUCAAAACCUCCAGCACAAAAACGUGGUUACGUUAUUGGAAUUUAUCAUUUCACAUACAUCACCGCCAAUGUUGAUAACUGAACUCUUGGAUUGUGACUUAAGAGGGCAUAUUCGUGAUUGUCAUCCAGGGAGGAUUCCAUAUUCAGAAACUGUCUCGAUUAUGUUGGACGUGGCGGAAGGUCUCGCGUAUCUUCAUCAGCAAAAUCCACCGAUAGUUCACCGAGACUUGGCCAGCAAAAACAUACUUCUGACCAAGGAAAAGCAGGCGAAGAUUGCCGAUGUCGGUCUUGCCAAAGUGCUUCUAAAAGGCGAACAAAAUUAUUGUUCUCCUGUACCCGGAACGCCAGUUUAUGCUGCACCAGAGACGUUUCACCUCGACUAUGAUCCAAAUUUUCCCAUUCCAAGGGGCCGAUCGCUUGUCGAAUAUGACACUAAGAUUGACAUCUUUUCGCUCGGAAUCACUUUGAUGGAAGUUAUAAAUGGACGGCUGCCCUCCCCACAACCAUGGAUACCUUUUACGAGCGAUGGUCAACAAAUACCAGAAAGGGAACGUCGCAAACAUGACAUCGAGAUGAUGGGUGAGCAUAAACUGAAAGAUAUCGUCUUUUACUGUAUUAAGGACUCCCAUAAGAUGAGGCCUUGCGCCGAGAGGCUCACUAAGUUGUUUCGAUGCGAAUCUGAAAAGAUACAACAGAAAGAACGCAUUGUUGAGGGGGGUGAAACUGCAAAUAUUGAAGUUGCUGUUCUUGGAGAGUCUGGUGUAGGAAAGUCGUCUCUACUUUUACGGUAUUCUGACCAAAUCUUCAUGGAGAAAGUCCCUUCUACGUGUGGCUUGGACUUUAAGAAUUCUAAAAUCCGUCUGCACGACCGAGAGUUUACUUUGAAAAUUGUUGAUACGGCAGGACAAGAAGUAUUUCAAGCGAUGACACCACAACUCAUACGAAAAGUUCAAGGCAUUGCUAUUGUGUAUGACGUAACUGAGGAGUCCUCCCUUACUGAAGGCGUUCCCAGAAUGUACCAGUUGAUUAAGGAUUAUGCACCAGACAAUGUGAGUUUAAUUUUAGUGGGUAAUAAAGCAGGGGAGGGAGAACGCGUCAUCACCAGAGAGGAAGGGGAAAACUUUGCCAAAAAGCUUGGCAUUAGCCACAUCGAGACAAGUGCAAAAACUGGCCUAAAUGUUGAAGAAAUGUUCUCAAUAAUUGCAAACGAGAUCUAUGACAAUUUAGAUUUGUCUGAUAUUGAUAUGUACUUCUCAGAUGGAAGAGAUGUAAUCAAGGUCAGAAACGAUGAUCCUCCUCGUGAGAGAGGUUUCCUCGAAAAGAUUAGUGACUGCUUUAAGCCAGGGUGGAACUGGCUUAGAGGCAGAAACGAUUCACAAAGAGACCAAGCACGUACUCAAUGGUACUGCUAAGAAACUCUAUCACAGUGAAAUAACUGCAUUGGAGCUUUCCAUUGACAACACAAGACUUGAGGAAUCAGUGGGAGAAAAACUUCUUGGUGUCAUAAUUGAUCUUCAUCUUUCUUGUAACUUACAUAUCGACAAUCUAAUAAAAAGGCUGAACUCUAGAAUAUGUCUUCUUAAGAGAGCUAAAGUCCAUUUAACCAUUCAAUGCAGAAAAAUGUUAUUUAAUGCUCUCAUUAAGCCUAUUCUUAAUUAUUGUUGUACUGUUUGGGGUAAAUGUUCUGUUGAAAACCUUCAAAGGCUGUUAAAAGUACAAAAACAAUGUGCAAGAUCAAUAUUGGAUGCCACCAUUAAUGACAGCUACGUAGAACUUUUUGAUAAAUUAGGCUGGCUACCUAUAGAUGACAUUGUGCACAUUAGAAAACUCUUUAUGUUACACAAAGUUAGCCAGGGUCAUUGUCCUGAAUAUUUCACCUCAUAUUUUAAACAUGCUAGGUCUACACAUGGUUAUCGAACUAGAUCUCCUAUCUGUAAUGACGUUUUGACAUCAUCAUGUCAAAGAAACUUAGGGCUCAGGACUUUCCACUCAAGUGCAUGUCAUCUAUGGAAUAAUCUAGGUAACACAUACAGAAACAUAAUUUCUCUCUCAAAUUGCAGAAAAUGCUACAGAAUAAUUUUAUCAAAGAAAACUCUUUACUAGAACAUUUCAAGAUUAGUAAGACUUUUUGAUUUUUAUAAUAAAUAAUAAUAAUUUAGUUGGAAGUGUAAUAAUUAGUAGAAUCAGUAUAAUUUUUGUUUUUGUUUUUGUUGAGGGCCAUCAUGUAAACUACCAGGCUACUGGUAAUGUAUUUCACCCUCAAUAAAUAAAGUAUUUGUUUGUUUAUUUGAUUCACAAGAUGAAAAUAACCAUUCACAAGGUGACUUGUAAGACCAUA